UUGAAAAUGUUAUUAUGCUUUACUAGCUUUAUAUUGCACUUUGCCGUUUUUGGAAAAGCAUUCUCGUACACCGUUUACACUGUGACUUAAUUUUUACUUUCUGUAGACUGUGUAGAAUAAUCAGAAAAUGUUUUCACUGGCAUCACGACAGAUAACUAUUUGAUGAAAUGCAUUACCUUUUUGUUGGCUCCAACAUUUUUUCCUACUUAUUUUUUUUCCUCUUCUUUUUCAGUCUUCCAUAUGUCUUGUCUGUAUAGCCCAAGGUAGAACAAAAUAUGGACUUUCCAGGAAUCUUCUUAAAAGAGUAGGUUACAGCUUCAGAAACUUGCAUAUAAACCUUGUGUUUAAAAAAUGUACAGUGCAUUUUGAUCAUAAGGCAUGAUUGUCUCAGUUAACGAGUAUCGGGAACGAAAGAGGUUAAAACAUUGCAGUUUUGCAUCAGUCGUCGAAGUUUUCUUUCGGCCGUGAUGGUAAGAGGUUGGGAAACCUAGGAAAAUCUUAAAAUAAAGCAACUGAAUAGUCAAACUUAACAUGGUGCGCUGGAAAUAGAUUACUUAACGUUGUGAUAAAGGUGCUUUAUUUUUAUGAACUAUUGUAUGAUUUUAAACGAAAUAUUUAAUGUGUUUUUUUUUUCUGUGAUUGUUUACUAAUGCCUUGUAAUGCACACUAGGAAAUCAACAAGGGAGUUUCAAAAAUGUAGCCAACCAAUGACCUUCUCCAUGCGGUUACCUAUGAGCCGCUUACUUAAUGACUGAUAUUGAUAUAUGGUAAUUUUUUUUUUUACCGGAUCACAUGACACAAUUACCUCAAGAAUCGAUCAAGAUGAAUUGCACGUCAGCGUACGUUUCCGAUUUUUUCUUCCUCGCGAGUCCUAUCCACACGCAUAUGGUGCAAUAGAUGGGCAAAGUUUAACAGUCAAGCAGACGAUUUUUCCUCUAAGGCUAAAGCGAGCAAUGACGGACUACGAGGAUCGCAGCAACUGUGCAUCUAAUAUGUAUUUACCGUACUAUGUUUCUGCUCCUGAUUUUUCGUCGGUCUCGACGUUUUUACCCCAAACUACAGCGUGUCAAGUCAAUUUUCCCUAUUCCUCCAACCUAGCGCAAGUCCAACCUGUUCGUGAAGUGACUUUCAGGGACUAUGGACUGGAUCAUCCGAGCAAAUGGCAUUACAGGGGCAAUUACGCUUCGUACUAUUCAACUGAGGAGAUAAUGCACCGAGAUCUCCUGCAGUCAUCAAACAGAGCGGAAAUGAUUUUUAAGAACGAUUCCAUGUAUAGCCAUCACGGUGGUACUAACUCCUCGUGCAAUUUCUUCACCAACGUCGGCCAAAAUGGGGUGCUUCCACAAGGAUUUGAUCAAUUUUUUGAGUCUGUUAACUCUGAGAAGCCCAACCCUGAGCAAUCCAAACAAAAGCCAGAUACGAGUGUCCCCGGAGAUGCUGCAUGCAAUGUGUCUACAGACAGCGCGGAGCAGACCAAACGAAACCCCACCGAAACCAUGGAGGAGGAAUCCUCAAUAUCAACCUGCGACGAAGAAAAGAACAUUGACUCAAGUGCAACAAAGUCCAGAAAAAAGAGAUGCCCAUAUUCGAAAUACCAGAUCCGAGAACUUGAACGAGAAUUCUUUUUCAAUGUGUACAUAAACAAAGAGAAACGUCUGCAGUUGUCCAGAAUGCUCAGCCUUACAGACCGACAAGUGAAGAUUUGGUUCCAGAACCGAAGGAUGAAGGAGAAAAAGUUGAACCGAGAUCGUCUCCAGUAUUUCACUGGAAAUCCAUUGUUCUGAAAGCCAUGAUAUUGGCCGAUGAGACGAUGAAACGAUGGAUAUUCUAUUAUGGCAUAAUUGUGGGACAUCAUCCAUUCGUCGGACACCUGGGUUUUUUUUCACGUCAACUCUGUAUUUUAAAACUAUGCAAAAUAUUUGCUAUCAAAAAUUAAUGAGAUCUGCCAUUCAAAUUCUGCACAAAUGAUCUACAACAGUGUAUUCGCGAUGACGGAAAUUAUGAGUUAUCAGGAACAGAUAGGUACCUUGACAAUCUCUUCACACUCUGUGUUAAUGCCACUGAAAUGCAGUAGCUUUGUAUUUGUAUUUAUUUAUUGUGUUUUGCAUUGUUCCAUGAAAUACAUUCAAGUUCUGCAUAAGCAGCAAUGCGUUUGGUUACAUUAAAUCAGUACGUAAUUUUGAGGUAGAACUGUGUAUGCAUUUAUUCGUUUGAAGCAUGUAAUGUAUCUAUGUAUUAAAUAAAUAGAAAAAUACACCAUAU